UGUACGAACUUCCGGUUCUCCCGGCAGCUGCUGCCUGCUCUGCAGCCGCUGCUGUCUCUGCCAUCUGCUGUCCUCGGCCCUCAGCCCAGGAUUUAAUCACCAUUUCUUCGUUACCCAGCGGGCCCAUGGUCCCUCCUGGACCCAGGUUGGCGGGCCCGGCGGCUCCAGCGUGGUGAGAGUGAGGUCUGGGGACGAUGAAGGCCCUGCACUGCUGCUGCUGUCUCCGCCGCCUCCUGGCCUCCUUCUUCCUCCUGCUGCUUCUGCCAGCGCUGAGCGGGCCGCUGGCGGUGUGGUUGCAGGCGGCCGAGGCCGCACAGGGCCCCGGGCCUCCAGACCCUGKCCAGCGGACCUUGCCACCGCUGUCCCGGGGCCCCACAGCUGCCCAGCCACCGGGCCAUGCUCUGGCUGAAGCCUCAGGACCUCGAGGCACCGAAGGUGGCAAUGGCAGCAGCCCCGGGGCGGGGCUUGCAGCAGAGGAAAACGGAGGAAAGGCYGGGGAAGGCUCAGUGGGUGGCGGCCUUGCCGUGAGCCCCAACCCUGGAGACAAGCCCAUGACCCAGCGGGCCCUGACCGUGUUAAUGGUGGUGAGCGGCGCGGUGCUGGUGUACUUCGUGGUCAGGACAGUCAGGAUGAGAAGAAGAAACCGAAAAACCAGGAGAUACGGAGUUUUGGACACAAACAUAGAAAACAUGGAAUUAACACCUCUAGAACAAGAUGAUGAGGAUGAUGAUAACACCUUGUUUGAUGCUAAUCAUCCUAGAAGGUAA